GUCCACCAGGGCUACUUCGACAUCAUGUUUCCCACCGACUUUAACAUCGUCGAGGCCAUGUACCAGGUCAUCACGGGCAAGCUCACGCGCGUCUCGUCUCACGGCGACUUUAUGCGCCGCUGGGCCUACCUCGAGGACACGGAGACGCGCAGCGGCGAGAACCCCCUGCUGAGCUACUACCAGAACGCCAGCGUCAUGGUGACCGUCUAG